AUCAAGCAACGCGAUUUAUCGGCCUUUCUCUCAGAAAUCCCCAAAAUUUCCAUCCCAAAUUGCUUUUCUUUCAUCUCCUUGCAUUCUUUCUACACUUGAUUAUGCUCUUCUCUUUCCACACCCCAAAGCCAAACUUUUCCCAACUCUAACCCUAAUCCUAAUUAAUCAUUCUCCCCUUCUCCUUCAAUCCUCCACCAUCGAGCUCCGAUUCCAGCUCUGCAACCGCACGCGGAGUUGUUCGUGAUUCUCUCAUUCGGGAGUUUCGAUCGCAGAGGCUCGUCCAAAUCCGAGUUCGCAGUUUCGCCUCCUUCACGUUCUUCCGGAGUUGGGUCGGUUGUCAAAGCGCGACCGUCGGAAAUUGUUGCUGUUCUUCCUGCUAUCGAUUCGACGAUUGCAUCGCUCAGCUCCUAACUGUCGCUGUGCCGGUGCUACUGUGGUUUCUGUUUCCAUAGAGGGCUUCGACGGAGAUUCUUCUCUUGGAUCGUAUAUUCUGAAUGCGUAACGGAAUUUUGUGAAGAAGUUCAAGAUUCCGCGUUGAUUUUUGCUGGCAGAAGAGAAUUCUGGUAGGGUUCGUGCUCUUAGCCUCAGCCUCGAUUUGAUCGAUCUUAACCCUAGUAAUUUGCAAGUGGAGGACAAAAACAGAGAAAAGAAGAAAAAAGAAAUAGAGCUUUGGAUAUAGUAUUGUACUGUUUGUUUUGUUUUGAUUUAUUUAAUGUCAAGGGCCAUUCUAGUUUUGGAAUUUCAUAGGCCCUUUUAAUUCAUCGUUUAUUUUUGUUAUCAUUGAUCUUUAAUCUUUUUUUUUUUUUUAAAUAGAAAGAAUAAAUAUACGAUGGCGGUGUAUUAUAAAUUUAAGAGUACAAGAGAUUAUAAUUCAAUUCCCAUGGACGGUCCUUUCAUCUCUGUUGGAACAUUGAAAGAAAAAAUAUUUGAAUCCAAGCAUUUAGGCAGGGGUACUGAUUUUGAUCUCGUGGUAACCAACGCCCAGACCAAUGAAGAAUAUCUUGAUGAAGCAAUGCUGAUUCCUAAAAAUACCUCCGUGUUAAUUCGUCGGGUUCCUGGUCUGCCACGUUUACCAAUUGUUAUUGAACUAGAGCAAAAAAAGGUGGAAAAUACGGCUAUGGAAGCCGAACCUGAAAACAGCAGCUUAACAGCUGAAGAUGCAUCUGCUGUAAAAUAUCCAGAAGAUUCAGAAUGGGAUGAAUUUGGAAAUGAUUUGUAUGCGAUUCCUGAUGUACCACCCAUUCAAUCAAGCAACUUAAUUCCUGAAGCUCCUCCAACCAACAAAGCUGAUGAAGAAAGUAAGAUAAAGGCUUUGAUUGAUACUCCUGCCUUGGAUUGGCAACGUCAAGGAUCGGACUUUGGUGCUGGUAGAGGUUUUGGAAGAGGUAUGGGUGGACGGAUGGCGGGUGUUCGUGGUUUUGGGCUGGAGCGGAAAACACCUCCUCAAGGCUAUGUAUGUCACAGGUGCAAGGUUCCUGGCCAUUUUAUUCAGCACUGCCCUACAAACGGUGAUCCAAAUUAUGACAUCAAGAGAGUUAAACAACCUACUGGUAUUCCGAGAUCCAUGCUGAUGGUGAACCCACAAGGUUCCUAUGCUCUACCAAAUGGUUCAGUAGCUGUAUUGAAGCCAAAUGAGGCUGCUUUUGAGAAAGAAAUAGAAGGUUUACCUUCCGCCACACGUUCUGUUGGGGAUCUACCACCUGAGCUCCACUGCCCCUUGUGCAAUGAUGUGAUGAAAGAUGCUGUGCUGACAAGCAAGUGCUGUUUUAAAAGCUUUUGUGACAAAUGUAUUAGGGACUAUGUUAUCUCCAAGUCCAUGUGCAAAUGUGGUGCAACAAAUAUUCUUGCAGAUGAUCUUUUACCAAAUAAGACCCUAAGAGAUACUAUUAAUCGUAUAUUGGAGUCAGGCAAUAGCAGUGCUGAAAACGCUGGGAGCACCUUUCAAGUUCAAGAUAUGGAGUCUGCUCGUUGUCCACAACUGAAGCUUCCAUCUCCAACCUCAUCGGCUGCAUCUAAGGGAGAACCAAAGGUUUCACUUGUUCAUGAAGGAAUGACGAAUGUACUGGAAACUGUUGAUGAUAGAAAAACAGUUUCUGCUCCAGCUCCAUUGCAAACAUCAGAGCAAGUGAAGCCCAGAAUGCCUGAUGUAAGUGAAGCUACACAUGAGUCGAUGAGUGUAAAGGAACCAGCCUCACAAGGGAGUGCUCAGUUGGUUGAGGAGGAAGUCCAGCAAAAAAUGGUUCCUGCCGAGGCAGGAAAGAAGAAAAAAAGGAAGAAAGUCCAUUUGCCUGCAAAUGAUUUUCAGUGGAAAACCGCACACGACCUUGGGGAUGAGAGCUACAUGAUGCCAAUGGGCCCAGCACCUGGUUACAAUUCAUACUGGAACGGCAUGCAACCUUGUAUGGAAGGAUUUAUGGGACCAUAUGGUGGCCCGAUGCAAAUGAUGGGUUAUGGCCUGGGCCCCUUGGACAUGCCAUUUGCAGGUGGUCUGCCUCAUGAUCCAUUUGGCAUGCAGGGUUACAUGAUGCCUGUUGUUCCACCUCAUAGGGAUCUUGCUGCUGAGUAUGGCAUGGGGAUGAAUGUUCCACCUCCAGUUAUGAGUAGAGAGGAGUUUGAAGCUCGGAAAGCUGAUCGUUGGAGAAAGCGCGAAAAUGAGAAACGGAUUGAUAGGGAUUUCUUCAAAAAUCGAGAUUUUGGUAGGGAAGCAAGCAGUAUUGGGGAUGUUCCUAUGAAAUCAAAAACUGGUCUAGAAGUUGUAACAAGGGUAACAAGAAUGAGUGUGUCACCACGUGAGUUGGAGCCUCCACGUGCUACCAAGAGAAAAGCUGACUACCAUGUGGAUUGGAAUCGGGAAUGUGAACGUGACCAUGAUCAUGAUCGUGACCAGAGGAACCACCAUGAUCGAGAAAGAGGCCAUCACCACCAUCGCCACCACCGGUCAGAAUCCUCUUCCCGGAUGUCAUCUGAACCACCAAAACCUCCUCAACUGCACCAUCAUCUGCAGCUGCAGACCGGAAACAGAAGGCCAGUGUUUUCUCCCGCAUAAGCUUCCCCACUGAGGAAGAAAUGACCAAGAAGGAUCCGAGCUCCCAAGGUCAUGACACGCUUGCAAUAUGAAGACAUAUUAUAGCUAGAAGCGAAGCUCGCUCCCUGAUGUACUCUUUUUCCCGACUUCAUGGUUUUUUCCCAAAAAGGAUUUUCCUGAAGGGGGUUUUAAUGAGGCAUCACAGCGAGGGCUAAGGGGCCAGAAAUUUCAAUCCCUUAGUGGCAAGAACAUCCUUGUAAAGUCACAUUAUAUUAGUAAUAAUAUCUCUCUUUAUAUC